AUGGCCAAGAUCAAGAUCGGGAUCAAUGGGUUCGGCAGGAUCGGAAGGCUGGUGGCCAGGGUGGCCCUGCAGAGCGACGAUGUCGAGCUCGUCGCCGUGAACGACCCCUUCAUCAGCAUCGAUUACAUGACCUACAUGUUCAAGUAUGACACUGUCCACGGACAGUGGAAGCACCAUGAGCUCAAGGUUAAGGACUCCAAGACCCUUCUCUUUGGUGAGAAGGAGGUUGCUGUGUUUGGCAGCAGGAACCCUGAGGAGAUCCCAUGGGGUUCCGUUGGUGCUGAAUAUGUUGUUGAGUCUACUGGUGUUUUCACUGACAAGGGGAAGGCUGCAGCUCACUUGAAGGGUGGUGCCAAGAAGGUCGUCAUUUCUGCUCCUAGCAAGGAUGCCCCCAUGUUUGUUGUUGGUGUCAACGAGAAGGAAUACAAGUCUGACAUUAACAUUGUCUCCAAUGCUAGCUGCACAACCAACUGCCUUGCUCCUCUUGCUAAGGUCAUCAAUGACAAGUUUGGUAUCGUUGAGGGUCUGAUGACCACUGUUCAUGCCAUCACCGCUACCCAGAAGACUGUUGAUGGUCCCUCAUCUAAGGACUGGAGGGGUGGAAGGGCUGCUAGUUUCAACAUCAUUCCCAGCAGCACUGGAGCUGCUAAGGCUGUUGGCAAAGUGCUUCCUGUCCUUAAUGGAAAGUUGACUGGAAUGUCUUUCCGUGUCCCAACCGUCGAUGUUUCUGUUGUUGAUCUGACUGUUAGGCUUGAGAAGUCUGCUACCUAUGAUGAGAUCAAGGCUGCAGUCAAGGCUGAGGCAGAGGGUAGCCUCAAGGGCAUUCUGGGUUAUGUUGAGGAGGACCUUGUUUCGACCGAUUUCCAGGGUGACAGCAGGUCUAGCAUCUUUGAUGCUAAGGCUGGCAUUGCCUUGAACGGCAACUUUGUGAAACUUGUGUCCUGGUACGACAACGAAUGGGGAUACAGCACCCGCGUGGUCGACCUGAUCCGCCACAUGAACAGCACCAACUAG